AUGUUGGGAGGCUCCAGCGGUGCCAACUACAUGAUCUAUGUUAGAGGCAGCAGAGAAGAUUACGACGAUUGGGCGAAUCAAGGCAACGAGGGUUGGAAUUGGGACAACGUCCUCCAUUACUUUAAAAAGAGUGAACGUAUGAUUGAUCCUGCAAUCCUAAACGGCGAAACAGCUCAAAAUCAUAACACUAAUGGCUACCUCGGAGUGACUAGACCCGAUUGGAAGGAGAAAACAGAACCCUUAUACGAAGCUUUUAAAGAAAACGGUCAUAGAAUACUAUCAGAUAUUCAUGGUGACCAACAAGUUGGAUAUUAUUAUCCAACCUUCACUUUCGAUAAUCACAUACGACAAAGCACAGCUAAUGCUUUCCUGAGUCCUAUACGGGACCGUCCUAAUUUGUUUGUACUAAAAAAUACGUUAGCAAGAAAAGUCAUUUUUGAUGACAAAAAAGCUAUAGGCGUUGAAGUUUUAUUGCCUGGCGGAAAAGUAUCAGAAGUAUUUGCAAAUAAGGAAGUGAUAUUAUCAGCUGGUACUAUAAACAGUCCUCAGUUACUUAUGCUAUCAGGGAUCGGUCCAGCUGCACACUUAGAAGAAAAUAACAUAGAUGUAUUAUUAGCUUCGCCGAACGUAGGUGAAAACUUGCAAGAUCAUGCUUGUGUAUUGUUGAUUGUAGCUGGCAAAAGGAAUAUCGUAUCGGCCGUUCAGAAUCUCGCUGGCUUCGUGCAUUUAGAUUCAUUUCCAUCGCCGGUCGUAGCAGGCCACGUAGCACUCGAUAGAAAGCAAACCUACCCGGACUAUCAGGCAGUACUCUUUGUUGAACCAGCCGCGUCAUUAACUGCCUCCAUAAUCUGUGCUACUGUAGUAGGACUAGAAUAUUCCAUUUGUAACGAAAUAUCUUAUGCAAUCCAAGAUAGGGAAUCAUUGAUUGUAGCGAUGACUUUAUUAAAACCUGAUUCUAAAGGCAAGAUUGAACUGAAGAAUAAAGAUCCACUUGAGAAGGUGAAGAUAUACAGUGGGUUUUAUAGUAAUAAAAACGAUUUGGAGCAACAUGCGCGUUCCGUAGAAGAUUUUAGUACAAUAGUCAACACCACAUACUUCAAGAGUGUUGGAUCUGAAUUAGUUAACGUGAAUCUUGAAGCCUGUAAGAAUUUUACGUAUGGAACUCAUGAUUACUGGAAGUGUUAUGCUUUAAACAUGGUGAGUACGCUCUGGCAUCCUGUUGGCACGUGUGCUAUGGGUCCUGAGGGGGUCGGUGUUGUUGAUGAGAGGUUGAGGGUCAGGGGAGUGACUGGUCUAAGAGUAUCUGAUGCUAGUAUUAUGCCGGCCAUCACUCGCGGGAAUACGAAUGCACCAACAAUUAUGAUAGCGGAAAAGACAGCUGAUAUGAUCAAACUUGACCAUGGCAUCAGUAUAGAGGUUUGA